AUGUUCAUUACUAAGGUAUAUGCGCAAAGCAACAGCAACGACGUAUUCAAUCCCAAGGGGCGCACAAAGCUCGCGCUUGAAACUCUACAAACGUGGUACAACACAAGUACCGGCCUAUGGGAGUCGACUGGAUGGUGGAAUGGUGCGAACAUCAUGACAAUGAUUGGCGACUAUGCGGAAUCAGAUACUGAAGAUGGUGAACUGCAGGACCUGGCAAGCAAUAUCUUUGCGACUGCGUUGUUGAAGGCACCGAUCAAAAAUCCAGACGCGAGUAUUGAUGAACUGUGUGCGUAUAGCACAACGCCAACUGUUGGCAACGCGACGUGCCAUCAGACUGAAUACACGAAGAAACUCGAUCCGAUUACCAACGAGCCUCACACAUUCUAUCCGGCUGGCUGGUACGCUAAUGGGGGGUCUUAUCCUACCAGGCCAGAUCCUAAAGACUGGCUAGACGGCUACUACGACGAUGAUCUCUGGUGGGCGUUAGCCUGGAUCAAUGCAUACGACGUCACCUUGGAUCCCACGUAUCUCACCCUCGCGGAAGGCAUAUUCCUCGCUGUAUCGCGUACCUGGGGUACUUACUGCUCUCAUGGCGGUAUCUACUGGAAUUGGGAAAGGGACUACGCAAACGCGAUCGCCAAUGAGCUCUUCUUCAGCGCAGCUGCGCAUCUGGCCAAUCGCGUCCACCACGAUGGAAAGAAGACUUUGUAUCUGUAUUGGGCGGAGAAAAGUCUACCCUGGUUCCUUGGAAGUGGUAUGAUCAACGAAGGUGGUACUAUCAACGAUGGAUUGACGGAAGAUUGCGGCAACAAUAACAAGACCGUUUGGUCAUACAACCAGGGCGUUAUCUUGGGGGGACUGGUCGAACUUUACCAAGCCUCGAAUUCACCCAGUUUGGCAUACCUCAUUCUCGCAUCGGAAAUUGCGAAUGCGGCGCUUGUCGAGCUUUCGGAUGAGAACGGUGUCAUACACGACGAAUGCGAGCCGAAUUGUGGUGCCGAUGGCGCCCAGUUCAAAGGCAUCUUCAUGCGUAAUCUGGUAAAACUUCAUACUGUUGCACCGGAAAAAGUGUUUGCGAACGCUAUUCGCGUCAAUGCGGAGUUCAUCUGGGAACGAGACAGAGCGGUGACAGUUGACGGCUUACCUGUGUUCAGUGUAAACUGGGCAGGGCCGUGGGUCACUCCGGCGAAUGCAAGCACGCAUAGCUCGGCGAUGGAUGCACUUGUUGCCAAUAUAGCCAUCGAUUGA